AUGAGAUUUUUCAUCAUUGCCUUUUUAACGAUUUUGGCAACUUUAACGUAUGCUGAAGAAGAGAAUUGUAACUAUCAGGGACAUUUGAUCUACGAAGAUUUAGGAUGCAAACCAGUGACCAAAGAUGGCCAUGCUUGUCCAGUCGAAUACACGUGUAAUUUCGAAGUCAAAAACAAUACUUGCACUUUCAGAGGACGAAGUGUUCAACUUUAUGAAAAACUCACUGAUGAUGAUACAUAUGCAGCUUGUAUUAUCGGUUGUCAUUGUGAAUCGACCGACAAAUUCGAUUGUGCCGAAUUGGAUUGUCCCGAAUGGUUAGGCGAACCCGUGAAAUUUGGAUGUUACCGGAAAUACGAGGUUGGAAAAUGCUGUUCCGAAGGCGAAAUAUGUCCCACUGAAUCCACGCCACCCCCAGAAUGUUUAAUUAAUGGAGUCAUAUCCGUAGAAGGUGAAAGAUAUUUUCCUGCUAACACCUGCUUGGAGUGCGUUUGCAAUAAAGGAUACAAAGGCAAAAACGAACCGCCAUUUUGUAGAAAUCAAAUUUGCGCCGCCGAAGCACAUCACAGCGAAGAAAUUCACAAGUACUGUGCACCACAUUACGGCGGUACCGACUCUAGGGUGCUUUGUUGUCCUGAUGGAUGGGUGUGUCCUUCACAUAAUGAUAAGACGCUGCCAGCUAAUCCUAAAGCAGCAACUUCAAAUCUCAAAUGUAAAUAUGGAGACAAAACAUUAAAGUUGGGUGAAAGAAUACAAGGUCAAUUCAAAUGGUACGAUGGUUCCCUAAGAGAUUCUCAAUGUGAAUGCAUCGUACCUCCGUUGAUGACGUGCAGAGAUGUUCCGAGAAUUACUCCAACUUCAACAUCUACUACUCCAUCAUAUAUAAUUGAAACAAUUCAUGAUUAA